AGCAGCCAGAUUGCCCUGUUGUCUCACCAAGUGCAGAAUGUCGAUCUGUGCGUGAAUGGAGCAAAUACCAACCGUGGACAAGGACGAGGAAACGAAUGCCACUGUGGGUGUGCACCUGCAGGAGGCGUCUAUCGCUGAGCUGCAUCAAAAGCUGGACAAGAUCCUCGAGAAAUUGGAGAGGUGGGAGUCUGACAAGGGCCUGACCGGCCCCAGCGCUCGGCUCAAAACGCCCAGAGUGUCCAAGCUGUCCUGGACCAACGAGCUGGAAUCCAAGCUGGAAUCCAAGCUGUCGCUCCUGGCCGAUCCCACGUCCAAAAGCUCCAAAAACUCCAACGAGGCCUCCCUCAAAGAGGCCGGAAGCAUCGUGGCCGACGAGGACUCGCAGAGAAGUGUCAAGAAGAAGAAGAAAGGCAAUCGACACGUCGCCAUGCCUAGUGUGGGGUUGCACACCUGGGCAACACAGCUGCGGACGGCGGUCGGCACCUCCACCAAUCUGAAGGUGUGGGACAGUUGCGUGCCGAGCCUGCAGCAGAUGGACGGGGCUUUUGUGCAGGCGGUGGCCAGAGAGAAGAAGCCCUUCUUCGAGGAGGAUCUGGAGCAGCGGGACCGCGAGAUGCAUCGCCUGGGCGUGGAAUCCAGCGAUAUCGGCGAGGAGUCGCAGAGCGAGGCCAGUCGGUCCCUGCAGACGGUAAAGGGCCAUGCGACGGGCGAGGAGCUGGGCGGUGCGGGGCUGGACAACGAAAUCCAGCAACAUCGCAAUCUGCCUGGGAACGUUGACUGCGAUGGAGCGAGGCAGAGAAUGGCAACCACGUUGAGCCACUUGUCCCAGCAGUCGCAGGUGACAAUCCUGCACAGCGCCGAGGGGCCAAAGCCAGUGAGGCUUUGGGUCAUUCGCCAGCUCAUGGCUGCGCCUGCCUGGUUCUUCCUUUUAGGCCUGGUGGCUGUUCUGCAGAGCAUCGCCAACAGCAUUUUUCAGGA